AUGUCCAACGUUGAUUACGAUGCUUAUGAUGAAGAGGAAGAUUCUUGGGUAAUUUAUAAACUUUCUGAAGUUGUAUUGAAGCUCGUACCUAAAAAAUACAUUAAAGAGUUAUUCAAAAUGGUAGCAAGUGAAGAGGAAAUAGAACCAGACAUUUAUUAUGUUUACAGUUUUAUAUAUUAUGUGCUAACUUUCAAAAUUAAAGUACCUAUUAAAAGAGUUUUAUGGAAGUUUCAAAAUGUUAUGUUUUUUAGUAGAUAUAAGACACAAUUAUGCUUCAAAAUAAUUAAGAAUUCAGAUUUGAUAAAGAGUAUCACCAAAGUAAUUCAUCAUGUUAAAUCAUCUUUCAAUAAAUUAGCAUCCAAUUUGAAUUUAAUUAAAGCUCCCCAAACUAAAGAGCCUUGUACUCAAUUCACAGCAUGUUUUCCAAUUGAAGUUUGGUAUUUAUUAGUCAAAGAUUAUAAUGUGAAUGCUGGUAAUCUUGUGAGAGUUAACAAACAACUUUGUGACUUCUUUGCCCCAGUUGUUUACAAAUCUAUUCACAUGGAUAUUACCAUUGGUUCAAUUGAUACACUUCAAACAUUUUAUCCUCAUUAUUGCAAUUUUGGCUCAACAUAUUUAUUUCAACCUUCUAGUCCCUAUAAGAUGUACAAAAUGCUUCAUGAUAGCCAAAACUUCCAAUAUGAAUUCAUAGACCUUAUACAUACAAGUUCUUCUAAUGAUAACGCAGAUAAUGUUUCAACAAGAUAUAUUAGAAACUUCAAAGAUGUUAAAAAUGUAUUUGAAAACACUAUAUCUAAUCCAAACUCAUUAUUUAAAGAUUUCGUUAAAGAAUUAACUACUUCUAUAUGUUUUCUUGAUGGGUUUGACAAAUUUACCAGGGAAGGAUCCAAUUUUGCUCAAACAAUCCAAAGUCUUUCUAACAAGACAGAGCUUAAUGUUUUAGCUAGUGAUCUCAAUGCUUUUGAUACUUUUGAACUUGAUGAAGACUAUGAAUAUUAUAUUCGAAGAGGAAUAGACUUUGAUUUAGAGACUCUUUACUGGACAAUUGGUGAUUUUACUGUCAGAUGGUAUCCAUACAUCAAAGAAACUCUCCCUGAGAGUGAAUUUUACAGGGAACUUACUCUUCCAGGAAUCGUUCAGGACGAUUUUAAAAAAGAUUCGAAAUAUAGAUAUCAAAUAUUUAAUGCGAAGAGCAUAGAGGACAUUGAAAGUUCGAACCCCUUCCAAAGAUGGAAUGAAGAAUUGCAACUCAACUCAAGAAGAUCUCAUCGUGAGAAUAACAUUCACUUCAAAGGAGCUGGAUCUAUCAAGUUACAAAAUCGCAGUUUUUUCAGUGAAGUUGAUUCACAACAUUUUCUAUCAAACUUUGUUCAAAGUAUUGCAUCUAUGAACAUGAAAAAAACUUCAAAGACGUCUACCUUGAUUUUUGGCUCACAUGACAUUGAAACUAAUUAUACGGACGAUACAGAAGAGGAAAGAAGGCAAAAUAUUCAAUUCUCAAUAACACCACAUAUGAUAAUAAUCAAUGGGAGUUAG